AUGGAGGGGUUCUGGGGUGCCAUUAGGCAGAGUGUGGCCGUGGUGGAGAGGGCUCAUGGAGUGCCUGUAUGCAGGGUGACUCAAAGGCAGCUGAACAUCACUGUGCAGAAGAAAGAGAGUAACUGGUGGGAGAGACUCACCAAGCAAGAGAAGCGCCCACUCUUCCUAGCUCCUGACUUUGACCGCUGGUUAGAUGAAUCGGAUGCUGAAAUGGAGCUGAAGGAGAAGGAAGAAGAAAAGAUUAACAAAAUGAAAAUAGAAUCCAGAGUCCCAAAAGACCCUUUCAAACACCUGAAGAAGGGAUACUUAAUCAUGUAUAAUCUUGUGCAGUUUUUGGGAUUCUCUUGGAUUUUUGUGAACAUGACAGUACGACUGUUCAUCUUAGGAAAAGAUUCCUUCUAUGAUACUUUUCACACUAUUGCUGACAUGAUGUAUUUCUGUCAGACCCUGGCAUUAAUGGAGAUCAUGAAUUCACUAAUAGGACUAGUCAGAUCACCGCUGAGACCUACUGUAGCGCAGAUAUUUGGAAGAAACUUCGUUUUGUUUGUUAUCCUUGGAAGCUUAGAGGAAAUGCAGAGCAAACCUGUGGUGUUCUUCAUAUUUUAUUUCUGGAGUAUCAUUGAGCUGUUCAGGUAUCCAUAUUACAUGCUUUCAUGUAUCGGUAUUGAAUGGAAACCACUAACCUGGCUCCGUUACACUGCCUGGAUCCCUCUCUACCCUUUAGGAGGCUUGGCAGAAGGGGUAUAUAUAAACUUCUGUUACCUCUACAAGCAAAGGAAACAGCACCUUGGACCAAAGAAGAGAAAGAUGAAGUAAAGGAGGACUGCAGUGCUUUCUUAUCUGACUUAUCUCAAUGACAAGAUAAGCCUCUAAUUCUUACGGUUUUACCCACUGUAAUGUAAAGAAUUUUGUAAAAUUAAAUGAUCACGCUAGAUUUCAUGAUUUCAUAGUGAAUUCAGGUAACAUUCCCGUAUACUGUAUUUUGUUCCCUUUCAAUCAUGUAUGCAUGGCAUUUACCAUUGAACAGUAACAUUUAAGCUUGUAUCCUGUCAACUACCAUAUUAGAAAGAAAUCCUAUUAUCUGCAUAUAAUAUGCUUAUAAACAGUGGAGCAGCACUACAUAGAAAUAAUGUUUAUCUUUUAAUUGGGUAUUUGCUGUCAAUAUUGCAUGCAGAUAGGGCUUCUGAUGUCGGGAUAUACUAUUAGCUGGCACAUGCUGUUCCUAGGGUGGAUCUGGAUGGCAGGAGGAGCACAGUCUGAGACCACUGUGAACGGCGUUUGGGUGUUUAUUAACAGUUGAGGUAAACUUGCUCAGCACAUACCCCCCUUUUCUUCUGCAGCAUCCUGAUGCUGCAGAAUUAAAACUGGAAGUAGCUAAUGUCCAUUUAAAUUCUACCAACUUAGUGUGUUUCUAGUUUAGCCUUAACCGAAUAGGAGCGCUGUGUGGAUCCUAGCAUUCCUGUAGCAACGCAUCCUUAUCCAGUCAUUCUGUGAUAUGGUCAGAAAUGCUUUCCUGGUUGGUAAUGCAAGCACUGAAACAUAACAAAGUAAGGAAACAUAGAUACCAGCUUUCUCCUAGCAUGUGAACCUGAACAGAACUCCAUCCCACCCAUGCAAAGGAAAACAUGGAACUGUCAUGGGAGGCGAGGCUCCUCUAAUCAUUCCUGGCAGGGCUGUAGCUCCUGUAUUUCUAGCCUUCAGAAAGGCAGUAAAGAUUGCUUUUCUACUUAAACUUAGGGGUGCGACUGAGAAUUUGGUGUAUGUAUGUGCUUUGUUGGCUGGCCCCUGAUGGGAUGGAGUAGCGGGUCAAAAUAACCGUGUAUUAUUUUGAUAUCUCUCAGUAAGGGAGAUCCCACACAGGGUUUGAAGGGACCCUUUCCUCUGUGCUUGCUUUAAACAACAGCAACAAUAAAAAAAGAGAAGCUCCUCCCACAUUCCAGGUCAUCUACUCUCUCACCUAGAAACCUUUGUUUCAGUUGACUUUAUAUCAGCAUGCCCUUCUUCACACCUAGCCUCCGGUAUGUAAUUCCAGAUCCCUCUGGCCUCCUUAAUCCAGUUUAGAAAAUGUACGAAAAGUUUGCUCUAAACCGUAUUGUGGUUAUGAACAGGUUGCUUCACAAUAACUGCCACCACCCCCAGGGCAAUGCAAAGCAAUGCCAGCAAUCCAGAACAGGCACUGAAGUUGAGAUUAGCUUAGUGCCAUGUUACUGUUUAUCUUUUUCUACUGUAAAACAAUAUGAAUCCUCCAGAAAAUUAUUUUCUAUAUUAAAGGUAACAAACAGCUUAAUGUUUGUGAUACGGACCCAGUGAUUGUUACUGUAAAGGGAGGGAAACAGUGUUAUAUGGAGAUUUUAACAAAGAAUUGGUACAAGCUCCACGCUGCAUUUCACAAACGUGUUCUGUCAACAAAAGGAAUGAUGCAACUUCUCUUUAGGGAUACUUGAGGCUCGUACUCAAAGGAGAGUGCAGCUUACUUUACUCAGAAGAGUUGAGCAUUAUUUACACAGUAUUUCACUAUAGCACACACUGUACCUAUGUUUAAAGUAUGUCAAAGGAUUGAAUUAGCUGAGUAAUGGAACAGCAAGGAUCACGUUCAUACUUUAAUUUCUCCACUGGGCAUUUAAACUUCUGUUAUGAAAUCCGUAUGUAUUCAUACAUGAUAUUUCUCAGUGAAAUUGUGGUACCUAGUGCAAGCUGUCAUGGGUCUUACACUACUGAAUUUUAAUCCUUCAGAAAGAAUGUGUUUCUAUAAUAAAGAUUUACAA